AUGACGUACAGUGCAGAAUCAAAACACUACAGAUUUGACAGCUCGCUCGGCUUAUAAAAUGCAGUGUAAAAUGUUACUGCCUAUGUCAGAAAUAAACUACAUUAUUUAACCAACGUGUUUAGAUACUGGGACGACUUUUUAUCGGACUGUCGUGGAAUGCUAAUCAAAGGAAAAGGUUCUUUUGGCUAGUUUUAUCUACUAGCUGCAGAAGCUCCUCUCUAUGUAACAAGCUGUUUAGCCUUCACCGCUAACGAAAGUUGCUCCAUGGCGAUCUAUGGGCUGAACAUUACCAUAUAUAGACCGGCCACGGAGCUCCCUCGCCGGUGAAAUGUAAACGAUGACUCGCUGAGGAGGCUGACUAAAGGGCACGCAAAAACAAUACUCAGCCUGAAAGAAAAAAUAAAACGCAAGCGCUUUAGCUUCAUCAUGUCAUCUGACCAGAUCAUUGCCAUCGUCAUGGAUGACAAAAUCUACGAGGUGAAUAAAAAGAAGCUGAUAGAGAAGAGCGACUACUUCCGUGCACUGUACAGCUCUGGCAUGAGGGAGUCCACGGAGGACUCGGUGCAGUUGCAGGGGCUCAGUGUCCCCGGCCUGGAGUUGGUCCUGGAGUUCAUUAACACCUCCAAGGUUCAGGUUGUCAACGAGACUCUGGAGGACCUGAUUGAGACCGCCUCUUUCUUACAGGUCACCUCCAUCCUCAAGCUCCUCACCUCGGAGAUCCGGCUGGACAAUUGCGUGGAGCUGUACAGCCUCUCUGAAGUUUACGGCACUCAUGAUCUGCGCAAUGCUUGCCUCAAAUACAUGAGCUGCUACUAUCAUCCCAUGUUGAGGCGGCCAGAGUUCGGUAGCCUCCCCUCUGCUGUUAGAGACCAAGUCAGGGAGAUGCGCAUGAAAGGCACCGCCACCCUGGUAGCCAUCGGAGACUUCACAUGUCUGUCCCUGGACAUGCCUGAUCAGGAUGAACCCUGGUCCAUGCUGAGGUAUGGAGAGGUGGAACAGCGCUGGAAACCGCUCGCAAACAACCUGCCUCCAGAUAUGAUCAAUGUCAGAGGAUAUGGCUCAGCCGUUCUCGAUAACUACCUGUUCAUCGUUGGUGGAUACAGGAUGACAAGCCAGGAGAUCUCUGCAGUGCACUGCUACAACCCCUGCAGGAACGAGUGGAACCAGGUGGCUCCGCUCAACCAGAAGAGGUCCAACUUCAGGCUGCUGGCAGUACAAGGGAAGCUGUAUGCCGUAGGAGGCCAGUGUUUGGGCACAGUGGAGUGUUACAGCCCAGAACAGGACUGGUGGGCCUGUGUGUCCUCGAUGCCUGAUCCGCUGGCCGAGUUCUCUGCUUGUGAAUGCCAGGGGUUGAUCUACGUCAUGGGUGGAUACACUGCUAGAGACAGGAACACGAGCGUCCUGCGCUACUGCCCCACCUCUGACACCUGGACCAUAUUUCAAUCGUGUCCGGUGCAUAUUCGCAAGCAGCAGAUGCUCUCGGUGGAGGACACCAUCUACCUGGUGGGCGGUUACACCCAUGAGCUGGAGACGGGCCGGCAGCAGCGGCGUCCCAGCCAGACGGAGGACGUGCUGACAGUGCAGUCCUACAACGUCACCACAGGGGAGUGGAUCCAGCUGAAGGAGAACACGUCCAAGUCGGGCCUGAACCUGACGUGUACGCUCCAUAACGAUGGCAUUUACAUCAUGAGCCGGGAUGUCAGCCUGCCCACCAGCUUGGAGCACCGUGUCUUUCUCAAAUACAACAUCUUUUCUGAUGCCUGGGAGGCCUUCAGGCGCUUCCCAGCUCUGGGACAGAACAUGCUGCUCUGUUCGCUUUACCUCCCCAACCUGCUAUGACUGAGAGGACUGAUGGCUCAGUGAACACGAACAGACAGUGGAGCCCAUGCGGCAUUAAUCUAUCGGCCAGUAUGUGGCUUUGCUUGUUCUUGCUCAGAAUGGGGCUCUGUGGCAUCAGUAGGAACAGCGUCUCGUCGCCAGCUUGAACGCCUCGUGACCUCUGUGCCUCAAAAAUGAAACGCACUACUUUGUACAUACUGCUGUGGAUGCAAAUACUAAAGCUUCAAUGACAAGUAUGACAGUGAUGAAGCGCCUUGGCCUUGUAGGUCGAACAGCCUCAUAGCCGCUGGCCCCAGUUUGUGCUUCUCAACAUUAAAGUUACAUUCAAGUCACAGUGAGUAUCUGUUUCCCUGUGAAAUAAUUACCUGGAAAGUUUGAAAAACAGAAGGUUGUUAAGCAUCACUCACUGCUGUUCUGACGUCUGAAUUCUGUUAACUGGAUGAAAGCCAGAUCCUUGCGGAUCCUAUGGGUUAAAAAUCUUUUUCAUUGUGCAGCAGGCUGGAUAUUUUUCUAUCCAAAUGAUUGGAAGAGUCUUUUAGGAUUCUGGAAAUAUCUUCAGUAGCUGCACAAUAAUAUUAGCAUCGACAAUAAAGGGCUUAAAAUGAAAUAUUGCCCCACUUAUUUUGAACAGCAAUGAUUACAACUGAAUGUAAUGCUGAUACAGAGAGACACAAACUGGGGCUCCAUAACAGCAUGGGACAUAUUCUUGUUGUUUACACUCCAAAUACGGCAUUGGCGCACAUGUUUAACUGUAAUUCACUACAAACCUUAAAACAUUUUUUGACUUCAAGUACUUAGUGGAUAAUCAUGAAAAUGGCUUUGGUUUUACACUGCCAGUUUUAAGGGAAUCGAACAUUCCCUGUAAGUUGUUGUUUGGGAUGAGAGGCGGCUCAGAGGGAGCUUCAUGCGUUGUAUGCACACUUGCACAGUCUUAUUUUCCAUACACCAAGCAAAGCUUAAAGCGCAAAUUCCAUGAAACGAAUGAUGCACAUGUGCCUUCUGCAACUACAGUUAAUAGGAACUUGAUACAAAAAAGCACAAAAUGCAAGACUUUGUUACAUUGCCAGCAACUGACCAAAACUGCUGUGUUUUAUUUUUACCUCUCUAGUAAGGCAGAUUUUGUUUCCAUUAAGGUACUUUUCAGUUCUUUGAUUAAAUUUUGGUGUGCAGACAUGAGAAAUGAGACUCAAUGCCAAGUUUAUUUACAAAACUUUUCAAGUUUUGGGCAAAUGCAGCAUUUAAAAUGUUUGAUUUGGUGGAUUCUCUCUUCAUUACUUUAUUGUUGAAUUGUGUGAAAAUUUAGAUGGUGAUAAUAAAGAUGAUGUGCAGGGG